UUGAUCUCAUACAUGCAUAACAGCUGACCUUUGGGUGUCAAGCGGUAGUGACAAAGAUGUUGGGAAACAUUCCAUAAAAACUUCCUUGAUUGAGUACACUUCGUAAGGAGAAUGGUUUAAUGACAACGGGGGUCAUAUAGGGAAUGCGUCUUUCCCCAACUGAAGUAGGGGAUGGGAGUCAAAGGGAGCUUCAACGUUCCCAGUCAGACGGUAUUUGGCCGCGAGAUGGGAGACCGAGAUGCCGAGGUAAUGACCUGUCACUGCGAGGAAUGAAUGUGACUUCGUCAAAUUCUGCAGAUGCCUGGGCGCUGCUUUCAACUGAAGACCAGGAAGAAACCGUACAAACACUCUCACUGUUUUCUAAUGAUGACGACGUUGAGCUUUUAAAGGCCCAGAAUAAUAGGAAACCUUUUGUCAACAGGAGGCUAGGUGCAGGUGCUUUGGGUUCUGAUAAACAGAUAACCGCCGAAGGUAAACAAACGACAGAAAUGCUACUCCAAACUAUUAAUCUGAACCAGGAACAUUCCCAUAGUUUGCCAAAUUUGUCUGACACAGACUGGCAAAGCAGUGGAGGGGACUGCGGACACGGGAAAGAAGACUGUGUCCAUGGGAGUUGUGUCAAUUUGAUAGAUUUACAAAACAGACUGAACAAACUUGAAUGUUCCAACACCACAGAGUUUGGCAAUGAUUUACUAAAAACAUCACAUGAUGGACAAAGUCCAAAGCUAGGUGAAUGUAUAUUAAAAAUUAACCAAGGUAGUAGUAGAUUGUCUGCUGUGUUAGAGACAAUUCCACUUGUUUACAUACCUCAAACCAGACAGCUCCUGACUGUAAAUAAUAAUAAUGCCAUAAAGUACACACCAACUCCUGUGGCCCACUGUGAUCAAAAUGGCAAGAACGAAGAAAAGUUUGUAAGUAGUCAUGUGGAGAAUGAAAGCAAAAUGGGUCUAUCUGAACUUCAGUUAGAAGAUUCAUGUCUUCUCCAACAAACCAAUGAGGUAUUGUCUGAUACCUUGUCGACUAUUACCUGUGAUUCCGAAGUGGUUGAUCAAAUGGAAACCAGCCCAGACUCUACAUUGGACAGGGACACUGCUUACAAUUCCCUUUUCAAAGCAGAUGCAGCUUCAUUCUCUAGUUUAUCUAGUCUCAGCACUGGCACAGGGACCGAUUUCUCAUCUAUCUGUGAAGAUGCACAUGGCUUUCAAGGUGCCAGCAUUGUUGAUACUGAUGAGGCUGGUUUUAUGGACAUAAACUUGCAUGCUAGGAACUCGUAUGAGAAAACCCGAAACACAUCACAAGAUAGUGGAAUUGAUAUUAGCAAAGGAGCCAAGCCAAAGAGAAGGGGACUAGGAUUGGGCAGUUUUUUCACCAGGGGUAUUUUCUCCAGAAAACCAAAGCAGCAAUCAGAACGAUCAGAAGAAACAGUGGUACAGGAAAGUGCACCUGGCUGGAAGUUGUUUGGGAAAGUCCCCCCAAAGGAGACUUCGCCUAAAAAUCCACAGCAGAUUUCUUCAGAGUACCAGGCACGUCAACGCUUGCUGCAUAAUAAACCAGCUGAGAGACUCAGGAAGGACAUUGAAGUUGCCUCUACAACAGCACUAAUCUUGGAGAAUCGCCCAAUACACCUCCCUGCCAAAUCUCCUGAAGAGGAACAAAAGCACAGACUGGAAUAUGAGGCUAUGGUGGAAGCUGCAAGGAAAAAAGAACUAAAGGAAGCAAAGCAGCGCAAAAAGCAACUUCAGCAACAGUUGAAACUGGAAGAACAACUGACAGCAGCAGUCCAUGUCUGGAACACAGAGAUAUUGCCUCACUGGGAUAAUUUAAAAAAUUCAAAGAAGGCCCGUGACCUGUGGUGGCAGGGUGUUCCUCCGUGUGUGCGUGGGAAGCUGUGGAAGUUAGCCAUUGGGAAUGACCUCAACCUCACUCAAGAACUGUAUGAAAUCUGUGUGAGUAGAGCCAAGGACAGGAUUAGGUUGAUGGCAGAAACUGGGGAUGAUAAUGAAAGUACAACAGAGCCAGCAUCUUGCAAAGAAGCCAGUGUUGAACUGAUUAAGUUGGAUGUGUCCAGAACUUUUCCUCAGCUCUGUAUAUUCCAAAAGGGUGGUCCAUACCAUGACCUUUUACAUAGUCUACUGGGGGCAUAUGCUUGCUACAGACCUGAUGUAGGCUAUGUCCAGGGCAUGUCCUUUCUGGCAGCAGUGUUAAUUCUCAACAUGGACGUGGCUGAUGCCUUCAUCUGCUUUGCUAACUUACUCAAUAAACCAUGUCAAGUGGCCUUCUUCAGAGUUGAUGAAAAUGUGAUGAAAGCCUACUUCUCUGCCUAUGAGGUGUUCUUCCAGGAGAAUCUACCUACCCUCUACUCUCACUUUGACAACCAGAACCUCACCCCUGACCUGUACAUAAUUGACUGGAUAUUUACCCUGUACAGCAAGUCCCUUCCCUUAGAUGUGGCCAGUCGUGUCUGGGAUGUGUUCUGCAGAGAUGGAGAGGAGUUCCUGUUCAGGACAGCACUAGGUAUACUGAAACUGUAUGAAGACAUUUUGCUCAACAUGGAUUUUAUCCACCUUGCACAGUUCCUUACCAAGCUACCAGAGAACAUAGCAGCCAGCAAACUGUUCAGGUGCAUAGAAACAAUUUGCAUGUCCACAGACAAAAGGAAAUUCUCUCAGGUGCUAACUUCAUUCAAAGACAACAGGGACAAAGAGAGCCCUUGAAGGAGCUCAAUGUAGGACAACAGUGACGAGGAGAGUCCUUGAAGGACUUCCAUUCCAGGACAACAGGGACUAUGAGAGUCCUUGAAGAGACAGCAUCACAUAUGUAGGCCAUAAUGAUGAUCUCAGUACACAUUAGAGUGCAAUUUCGGGGACCAUGAUAUUGCUAGUGCAAAAAUGAAGAUGCCUUUUUUUGAUGCAGAGUGUAGAACAGGUCACUGGCAGGGGUUGAAAUAUCAAGACCUCUGUGGUCUGGGAUAUUUAAUAAGACUCACUUUUAUUAGUAUUUGAUUGUAUGUUUUGCUAGAGGUGCUAUGCACAAUGCACUUGACUGAGCUAUUGCUUUUACUUUGGCUUGUGCAAUAAUUUGUAGUAGUAAAAUUGGUAAUAACAGAAUGGAAAGUAGGCAGAUGGACAGUAUUUUGUCAUUUGACUGUUCUAUAAUUUUUAGAGGCCCAUGGUCCAUUUCUUGCAUGUAGAUUUAAAGAAAGCUAGCAUAGGGAUGGCUGUGUUAAAUAUAGGUGACCAUGAGAAAUAUGUAUAGUUGAAAGUGUAAUUUGAGUUGAUCAGCAUCUUAUUGAUGGAAAAUAUGCUAAGGUGCUAUGCAGACCAUGGCAUUGCAUUAGGUGUGAUCUUGAACACAAUUGUGAAGUAUUGGUUUGUAAUGAAGGAUCUUUCACUGGCACUAUUUAAAUGAAAUGUUAUCAUGUUCAGGAUUAAGCUCACCAAUAUGAGAUUCUUGUGAAACUGUCUCUUGUCUGAAGAAGAGUGUGGCAGUGUGUGUAAUAUCUGCAAUGAAUAGAUGAUAGUAUAUGAUGUGAAAGCAUGUUUUGUGAUGUGUGAACAAUUAUCAAUGCAAGAGGGGCUUUUGCUAUUUUAUAGGUGCCCCCAAUUACUAAUUGCAGUAUGCAAUAUUACUUGACAUAAAUUUAAUAGUAGUGAUGUUUUUAAUAGAAUCAAUUUUAAAUUUAAUUUGGCAUAGAGGAAUUGCAGCUUGUUGAGUAGUCUCAAUAUUAAGUAUUCUGACUAUGCAAGGAAAGAGAGAAAAAUUCAAACUGACUGGAACAGAUCAUAGGAACAGGCUAAUGAAACCCAAAGUAAAUGUAUAAACAUUGUGAUAGAUGGUGAAAUUUAAGCAGGACAUUUUAUAGAAACUUUGCACCAAAAGGUAAAAUAGGGGACAGAAUUUUAAAAAAGUAUCAGUCUUCUUGAAAGUUUAUUUUGUAUGGAAUGCACAAGCAAAUUUGGAAUAACUGUUCUUCGUUUUGUGAUUGACACUACCAAAUUUUACUUCCAUUGUUAAUACACAUAAGCAAUUACAUAAAUUUUGAGACAAUCUAUUUUGACUAAAUAAGGAAAUGUUUUUACUGGCAAGUGUAGAAGCACAUAUUUCUUGAAUGGUUUUGAUCUGUAAGUUGCUGGCUUCAGUUAGAUUAUCAGUUUUUCCAUGAUUUUUGGUAACUCUUCAUCUGUAUGUUGUAAUCCAUUGUCAUUUAGCAUUUGUAUCUGUAAUUUUAGUUUCAUUAUUAGCUAGUACAGCCUAGGUGAAAUAUGUCCCUUCCAGACAAAUUUAAACAAAAUGGUCAGGUCAUAGGUGUAAAAAUUCAAACUUAAUCUUCCAGGGGACCAUAAAAAGUAGUUCUACUAAUAUAGUUUACUUUGCCAAUUGUAAUUUCUAAACAGAUUUUUUUUUCAAAUAUCAGUUGUGUAAUACAUUGUCAUUGUGUUAUAUAUAUAUAUUGUCAUUGUCACAAUAUUAGGUCACAAAGUCAUUGGACUAGUCUCACUAUUGUACAUAUUGUCUCCUUUCAUUUAUACCCCUUUUCUGUUUUUGUUUUAUAUAAAACGAGUACCCCAGUCAUUUGCAAUUGACAUUGAAUAUAUAUAUUGAUGAAUAUUUGUUGAUAACUAUUUGAAGAAUUUGUAACAUACUUUGAUGAAACGAAAAAUACAACCUCAAUACUUCCUUUAA